ACCACCGUCAACAACAACACCCCCCACCCCGCCGGAUACAAAUCUAUUGCAAUCCUCCUAACUUUUUAAAAGUCCAAAAAGUUGUAUUCAGUAUGCCAGCUGACACCAUGGAGAAAUCUUCCAUUUCCCCCACCCUUGGGUCUUCAGCAAACUCUCCGCAAACUCCGGAUAAACCCAAAAGCGCAAGUGAGAACAGAAAGUCUUCCAAACCCAUCAUGGAAAAACGGCGCAGGGCGCGGAUCAACGAGAGUUUGAGUCAACUUAAGACUUUGAUCCUGGAUGCACUGAAGAAAGAUAGUUCCAGACAUUCUAAACUGGAGAAAGCGGACAUCCUUGAAAUGACAGUGAAACACCUUCGAAAUCUCCAACGUGUACAGAUGACCGCAGCUUUAACUGCAGAUCCAACGGUCCUGGGCAAAUACAGAGCGGGAUUUAACGAGUGCAUGAACGAGGUGACUCGUUUCCUUUCCACCUGUGAAGGAGUUAACACUGAUGUCCGCACCCGGCUCCUGAGCCACUUGUCCAGCUGCCUGGGUCACAUGGUGGCCAUGAAUUACUCGCAGGCUCCAGCCAACCCCGUCUCCGUCCCUGGAGCCCACCUGAGUCAGCCUCUCCAUGUCCAGCUUCCAGCCACAGUGCCGGCCAGCGGCGGGGUCAGCAUGCCUUGCAAACUGAGUCCCGCUGAAGCGGUCUCCCCCAAGGUUUACGGGGGCUUCCAGCUGGUGCCCGCCACGGACGGACACUUCGCCUUCCUGAUUCCUAACCCGCCCUUCGCCUCCUCCAGCGGGCAGAUUACAACCGGCUCCGUCAUCCCCCUCUACGCCAAUGCAAACCUCCCGGUGACCGUCAGUUCGCCAGCGGGGCCCGCGAACUCCAAGCUGGGAUCGCCCGUCCAGGGCAUGACAUCGGUGGCGUUCGGGCCAAACAUCCCCGGAGUUUCUCAGAGUCACAGCCCGCUGGGAGUGAGCACAGGUCCGGACAACUCCGAGUCCGUCUGGAGACCCUGGUGAACCUGAAAGGACUUUUUUAAAAAAAAAAACAAAAAUCUCUCAGAACUGACCAGUUAAACCUGUUCCAUUGUUCGGGACAUUUGUACUUAUUAUUAUAAGAGACUUAUUUAUUUUGGGUGUAAAUAGAGUAUACUUUGAUUUCCAUAUAACUGCUUCUGAAAUAUUUUACUGUUUUUGAAGGGGGGGUGGAAUAUUCUUGUAAUAGAUUUUGAAACCUGUUUUAAUAUAGGUGCCCAUAUACCAAAGUCUUUUUGUAAACUUGCUUUUUUUUGACUCGCUUUGUUACAGAAAAUAAAACAUUUUAUAUAUGUG